GUCACAGACAGAAAGCCCAUGGAAAUUCAGUUAGUUCUCUCUGACCUUCAGCAGUGGGCGGAGCUGUUUACAAAUGGCGGAUUGGGUUGUCAACCGGAGGAAGUAAUAUCAAGUAAUGAAAAGAGGCGGAGACAGCCUGUCCUGAUUGAGGUCAAGGAUAACAACUGAGUGUUGAAGACUGCUCUGAAUACAGAACAUGUUGCAUUUUAUGAUUGCAAUUUUAGUGAUGUCUACCCAGCAUCUCACUGCACAAAUUGUGUUUGAUGAUACACCAGAAAAUAAGGCGAUAGUGUUUGGACAGGAUCUGUUCCUAGCGUGUUCUGCCAGGAAUCUCACAACUAACUCUAGAGAAGGUCUCAUAAUACAGUGGAAACUCAAUGACCUCGAAGUCGAUCCAAAGUGUUCUGUGUUCCCUAAUGGAACUUUGUUUGUACCUUCAGUAAACACUGAUGACCUUGGCAACUAUACAUGUGUUGUACUUGAUUCCAGUGAUGACACAGUGUUAGUGUCUCCAUCUGCAACAGUGUUUCAUGCCUACAUAAAGAUGUUUGAAGUUAGUCCAACACCGGUGAAUGUGCUUGAAGAUGAAGUGGUAUCAUUUGACUGUAUCACUGGACAAAGUGCACCUGCACCGGAGAUAUACUGGGAGAGAGAUGGAGAGGUGUUCACUGGGGGUGAACAAUACAGUGCUACAUAUGGGGGAUACAGUAAACAGUCUCUUAUCAUCCAGUAUUCUAUGAAGCUGAUUCUGAGAGCAAAGCCACAUCUUGAUGGUGCAUACAAUUGUGUGGCCAGGAAUCCAGUACUGAAAAUAGACGUAAGGAGUCGACGUGUUCUCAUGCAAACUGCAGAAGUGGAGUCUGUCCCUUAUGUUAUAGAUGAAUUAGUGAAUGCUAAUGUAACAGCAGCCCUGAGCCAGCCGUUGCUUCUAGACUGUCCUAUCACUGGCAAACCUCAGGUUGAUGUGGCCUGGUAUAAAGGUAACACACCUGUCAGUGAGAUAGCAGAUUUCUUUGUGUUGAUGAAUGGAUCCCUACACAGACCAUUUACACAACUCUCGGAUGAAGGACAGUAUGUGUGUGAAGGAACGAAUCCCCUAGGCAUUGCUCGUACUCCAAGUAUUUCUGUAACUAUAGCAAGAAUUGACAUAGAUUUUGUCCAGCAGCCUGAAGAUUUAUAUGUGAUUGCUGGUUUACAAGCAACACUGAAGUGUUCUCCACCGUUUAGUGUUCCGACAGCCAGCGUUACGUGGUACAAGGAUAAUGCUCUCUUCGUUCCAAGGACAGGUGAGCAUGCAGUACAGGUUGUGACAACAGUUGAAGGCUUCUGGAACAUACGGUUUAAGAAUAUACAGAAAAUAGAUGAGGGCGAAUAUUUCUGUGUUGCUACCAAUACAUAUGCUGUACCAUCUUCACGUACCUCGGUGUCAGCUACAGUUAGCGUUGGAGGUGCUCCAAUAUUUGUUGAACCACCUGUGGGUCUCACUAUUGAGAAAGGGAAGCUUGCACAACUGACAUGUUACGUUCAAGGGGAUCCUUUCCCAGAGAUCACCUGGUUGUUUGAAAAUGAAGUUCUUACUGUAUCAGAGACUAUUUCAUUCAGACAGGGUAACCAGGAACUGUGGAUAGGGAACAUAAACAAGGGUAACGAAGGAACCUACACAUGUCGUGCUGUUAACAGAUACAGUACAAUACAGACUAGGGUGUAUGUGAAGGUACUGGUGCCACCAGUUGUAUUAGAGUCGGUAGGUCAUACAGUAGCAAGUAAAGGAGAUGCUGUUCUUAUACCAUGCGGUAUAUAUAGUGAUCCAGACCCUAAAAUAACAUGGUAUAAAGAUUCUGCAGCAAUUACAAUGGGUGAUAGGUUUACACAGUUACACAAUGGUCUAUAUAUCACCUCGGUGAGAGUUGAGGAUUCUGGUACCUAUCUUUGUCAUGCUUCAAAUAUGGCUGGAGACACAGAAAAUGAGGGAACACUUGAAGUACUAGUGAGACCAUAUUUUCUUGAAAAGCCAGAAGACCAGGUUGUCAACAUCGGUAGAAAUCUGACAUUGACUUGUAUUGCUAAUGGCUUCCCUAAACCAGAGAUCACAUGGCUGUUUAAUGGCAGCUCUCUGUUUCCACGAAAUACUUUAUUGUCACUGAACGGUGAACAGUUACUGUUAUUAGAAGUGAGCUGGAUGCAUGUUGGUACAUAUUCCUGUACAGCUAGCAAUGAAGAAGGAAUGAAGAGGGCUGAAGCCACUGUCACAGUAAGAGUUUCACCAAAAGUACAGAAGAUAGAAGGAGUACCACUGCUGUACUUAGGAGAGAAUAUACAGCUCAAAUGUCGUGUCACUGGAAUACCAUCACCUAGUAUAGAAUGGUUCUUCAAUAGACAGUUAAUUGUUCCAAGUAAAGAUGGAAGAAUAUCUAUUCCAGAACCAACUGUUCUCAUUGUCAAAUUUGUAACUCUUAGUGAUGAAGGUGUAUACUCCUGUAAAGGUAUUAAUGCAGCUGGAGUCAGUCAGCGGGAUAUAGAUAUAUAUAUUAUAACACGUCCAAGCCCUCCUGUGCUACAGAAAGCUGAAACAGUGUCAGCCACAAGCGUCAUGUUGUCAUGGUCCAUAGAGCAAAGACAGCCACAGACACCAGUAGAUCGUGUCUACAUUUCAUACCGUAAAUGGAUAGAUACCUCAAGACCUUAUCUGAAAACAGAAGUUGAAUCUGAUACAGCUAAGUAUUUGGUGGAGGAUUUAGAUCCGGCUUCACGCUAUGUGUUUAUGGUAUCAGCAGUAAAUGAUGCAGGAACCAGUGACAUCAGCAAUAUAUUAUCUGCACAAACUUAUGAUGCUGGACCCUCAGCACCUCGCAAUUUGCAAGUUAUGGACAUAAAAGCUUAUAAUAUAACCAUUGGCUGGGAAAUUCCUUUAACUACAAAUGGACGCAUCAAAAAAUACCAGAUCAACUUAAGAAAGAAAAAUGAAUUACAAGACAGAACAAUCAUUGUUAGCAGUGAUAAUGAUGCCAACCAUGACUACAUUAUACGUGACCUCACCCCAUACACAUGGUAUACACUGGAGGUACGGGGUGCCACAAUGGAGGGUGACCAGGUGCUUUGGGGGAAUUGGUCGAAUAUAGCUGAGACAAGAACUUCACAAACAGCCCCUACUGGACGGCCUAAUGCAGUUAAGGCCAAGGCUCUUACACCUUAUGUGGUACAAGUUUCAUGGGAGGCAGUUGCUCAACAGGAACAGAAUGGACCAAUAAAACGCUAUUAUGUUAGGUACUGGUUACUUCACAAUGUGAGCACACCUUUAGGUGAAGAGGUCAUUGAUUCUCUUGACCUUCAGGUAAAUAUCAGUGACCUUCACCCCUGGACAUGGUAUAUGGUGAAGGUGGUUGCAGAGAAUGCUGGUGGGUUAGGGGAAGCAAGUGAAGGUGCUACUGUGAGGACAUUGCCUACAGCUCCAGCUAGAGCUCCUCUCAAUCUAACAGCAGAGGUCCAGUCAGAUUCUGCCAUCUUGGUGAAGUGGCAACCUCCCCCUGCUGCUGACUGGAACAGUGAAUUAUCAGGGUUUAUAGUACAGUACUGGCAACAUUCUGAUUACAACAUCUCCCAGGUCCGUUCUCUUGGUGUGCUCAAUCUAACUACUGUUAUAAGUGACUUGGAUCCAUACACAACCUAUGGUGUAUGUGUAGCAGCAUUCACUGACCAGGUGACGAAUGGUGUUGGGCCGUACACUGACAAUAUAACAGUACAAACUGAACAGUCAUACCCUGGACCUGUGGCGGACCUCAGCUAUACAGCAUCAUCUACAACUUUGAUGCUGUCAUGGAAACCACCUGAAGUAACCAAUGGCGUCAUUACAAAUUAUCUUGUUUUGUAUCAUUCCGUCGGUACAGCAGUUGUGACGACACCUUUUUCAUUGUCUAAGCCAACCUUAGGGGAACACAUAUCAGAGCUUCUUAACAACUUGAACUUACUGAAGAAUAUUUUUGAUAAUUUUGAAGAAACCUUGACUGAAGGAUUAAUUCAACCUUUAGCCAACAUCUGUGAUAUCAUUUUACACAACAAAACUUUAUACAAGGAAGUGCAAAACGAAACAGAUAUCCUCCAAUCAGAUGAGUUGACACAAAUUAUGAACAUAUCAAGUAAUGCCAUAUUUGAUUGGAUGAAUAUUGAACAUAUCAGUGUUGGAAAGUUAUGCUUGAAUCUACAGGAUGUUCUUACAAAUAUACUUAAUACUGACAUAGAAGAAAAUGUUGCAGCAGACAUGUUAAAUGUAACCACAAGUAAAACAGCAGCUACAUUAUCAGACCUCCAGUCUGGGCAUAUAUACAACAUAUCAGUAUUGGCAGCAACAGCAGCAGGGUAUGGUCAACAUGUUACCAUGGAGGCUGUUACAUCUCCAGCUAUACCAAACACUACACAGCGUCCAGUAGUUCCGGUAACCAGGAGACCGGUAACUGAUGGUCCUCCAUUACUGCAGACUGGUGAUGACAGUGAACCUCUCAAUCUGCCAGUCAUUAUAGGGGGUGGGGUAUCAGGAUUUGUACUGUUUCUCAUCGUACUGUUGAUUGGCGGAUGCCUGUGUAUGAAGAGGAGAACUCAGUCAGACGAGAAAUCUAAAGUGAUUAGAGAGGAAGCCUUGGAAGAUACAAAUGCAAACAACAUGUAUGGACAGCUAGAUAGACCAAGUACUAGGCCAGCUGUAGCAAAAGCAGCAGAAGAUGGGACAGAUUCUGUAGAUAUCUAUGGUGACGAAGUGAGAUUUCAUUCACCUCAGCAUCAGUAUGAUCAGAGUACUGAUAGGUCAUUUAUGACUGAAGAGAGUGGAGAUAUGAUGUCCAGUCACGGACGCCGCAUCAAAGAAGCAUUUCUAGGUGUGUAUAGUAUAGGAUUGGAAAAUCCAUCCUACUCUGGAUUGGCUGCCCCAACUACAAUGAAGAGUAAUCCUGCAUAUUAUGAAGAACCAUCAUCAAGUGACCUUGAGUCAAUGUCUGUUACCAUGGCAUUCUCAUCUGAGGAUACUCUAUAUGCUCAGGCUGGUGAAAGCACUUUAAAGAGGAAGAGUAAAAUGAAAAGUUCUGAUGCAGCUGCUAUAGCAAGACUAAAGAACAGGUCAUUACCUCCAGGCCUCUCAGAUACAGAUAAAUCUUCAUUGAUCAAUAAUGAAGUAGAGGUUAUCUACAAUGAAAGGACAGCGUUGUGAUCUAGGAGGAAAUCAGCUGAAAUGUGUGAGAUCUAGAAUACUCAAAGUUAUCCUACCUGCCGUCAAACAUUGUUCAAUAUUGAAGUGUUCAAUACUCAAGCCUAGUCAUAGUAUAUAUGUCUGUUGUGAAUGUACAAAGAAGAAAUAUAAUAUUGUGAUUUAUAGAAAUGUUAAAUCUUUACUAUUUAUCAUCUCACUGUGCAGAUAUAUUUUACAUUAUUCCUUGAACUGUAUCCCAUUUACUACCAGUGUGCCACAUAAGGUCUGACUUUUUAGCUCACCUGAGCACAAAAUGCUUUGUGAUCGCCCUGUGUCCGUCGUUUGGCGUCGACGUCGGCGUCAACAAUUUGACUGUUAACACUCUAGAGGUCACAAUUUUGCUUAAUCUUAAUGAAACUUAGUCAGAAUGUUACCCUCAAUAAAAUCUUGGACGAGUUUGAUAUUGGGUCAUCUGGGGUCAAAAACUAGGUCACCAGGUCAGAUCAAAGGAUAAGCUUGUUAACACUCUAGAGGUCACAUUUUUGGCCCAAUCUUAAUGAAACUUGGUCAGAAUGUUAUCCUUAAUAAAAUCUUAGACGAGUUUAAUAUUGGGUCAUCUGCGAUCAAAAACUAGGCCACCAGGUCAAAUCAAAGGAUAAGCUUGUUAACACUAUAGAGGUCACAAUUUUGGCCCAAACUUAAUGAAACUUGGUCAGAAUGUUAACCUUAAUAAAAUCUUGGACUAAUUUGAUAUUGGGUCAUCUGGGAUCAAAAACUAGGUCACCAGGUCAAAUCAAAGGAUAAGAUUGUUAACACUAUAGAGGUCACAAUUUUGGCCCAAUCUUAAUGAAACUUGGUCAGAAUGUUACCCUCAAUAAAAUCUUGGACGAGUUUGAUAUUGCGUCAUCUGGGGUCAAAAACUAGGUCACUGGGUCAAAUCAAAGGAAAAGGUUGUUAACACUCUAGAGCUCACAAGUUGGGGCCAAUCUUAAUUAAACUUGAUCAGAAUGUUACCCUCAAUAAAGUCUUGGACAAGUUUGAUAUUGGGUCAUCCGGGGUCAAGAACUAGGUCACCAGGUCAAAUCAAAGGAAAAGCUUGUUAACACUGUAGAAGCCACAUUUUGUGACUGUAUCUUCAUGAAACUUGGUCUAAUGUUAAUCUUGAUGAUCUCAAUGUCCUGUUUGAAUAUGGGUCAUGUAGGAUCAAAAACUAGGUCAUCAGGUCAAAUCAAAGGAAAAGCUAGUUUACACUGUAGAUGCCACAUUUAUGACCAUAUCUUAAUGAAACUUUGUCAGAAUGUUAAGCUUGAUGACCUAUAAGUCAAGUUCAAAUCUGGGUCAUGUGGGGUCAAAAACUAGGUCACUAGGUCAAAUCAAAGGAAAAGCUUGUUGACACUUUAGAGGCCACAUUUAUGACUGUAUCUUAAUGAAACUUGGUCAGAAUAUUAAUCUUGAUGAUCUUUAGGUCAAUAGGUCAGGGGAGCGAUACAGGGCCUUCAUGGCCCUCUUGUUUUAUAAAGUGAAUCUUUUAAAACAAUAUUCAUUUUGACCAGUUUAAUUUUGUUUCCCAAUUUAAGUUGUAGGUUUAACUGGGUAACUGAUCAAUGCGUUUGUGUUUUCUAAUAUAAUGGACAUGCCUCGGUAGUCAAGUUCAGUUUUGGAUACCAUAUAACAUACAGCAUGCAACACUUGUUCACCAUCAUUAGUUGACUCUGUACAGCAAGAAACAUAACUCUAUCCUGCUUUUUGCAAGAAUUAUGGCCCCUUUUGUACUUAGAAAAUAUUAGAUUUCUUAGUUAAGUUUUGCGUUUAGGUCAACUUUUCUCCUUAAUGGUCAAAGCUAUUACCUUAAAACUUGGGAGCAGUUAUUCGCCAUUAAAAGCUGACUGCACAGCAAGUACGGUAACUCUACAUUACUUUUUGCAAGAAUUAUGGCCCCUUUUGGACUUAGAAAAUAAUGGGAAGGACAAUAUUUCCACUAUACAGAGACAAAAAAAUAAGAGGAGUGUCUGCACCCACAAGGCAGUGCUCUUGUUUGUUCGGGUCUUACCGUAUAGCGGGUUAUUUCUGCGGUCAAAAUAUUCUGUGUUUUGGCCCUAAAAUUUGUGAAAGAAAUUUCUGCGUGUUUAAUGUCUGCGUUUUCACAUAAAAGGAAGUGAAAUUUCUGCAUUUUCGAUACCAAGGGGGAAGUAGUUCCCCGCAUGAAUCGGACGUCGUGUGAAUGAAAACAAUAAACUAAGUUAAGUAGCUUUGCUUUAAAUGAAUACAUUGUAGGAUAUAACAACAUGUGAAUUGAACAAAUAUAAGUCUAACAACAAUUGUACACAUUACAACUGUGAACUAUAGUAUAUCGGGAUAACAGUUACACAAGCAUAAAGGUUACUAAGGUAUAUUUCGGAAGAUGUUCAUAAAGGGAUUCAAGUGAAAUUCACUCAGUUUAGUACAUUCACAAAAAAAAAUAAAUAAAAAAAAAAUAAAAGAAACGUUUUCUGAGGGAUUAACAGUUAGGAUUUUGAUUGACCAUCACACCUAAUUAUACCAUUAUCAGUAAUUGUUAGAUGACGACGGUAAUUUCAAAUAAUUAGACCAUGCCAUUGUGAACUUUGGAUUAUUUCGGAUAACAUAUCUUGAAACAACAUUGAUGAAAAAUGCAGAUAUUUUUGCGUUUUAAAUUUUUGCUGGAUGAAUAUUCUGCUGGAAAUAUUGUUGUGAUUCUACUGAGAGACCGCAGAAAUAAUCCCCCGUAGAAAUAACCCGCUAUACGGUAUUCAUUAACCAGGUUUUCAAAAAACUGGUUAUUAGAUUGGAAAAUGUUGUUGGCCGGGUGGGUGGCAUCAACUUGGUUUCUGCUCAAAAACUUUAGUUAGGAGUGGCUGAUUCAAAUGAAACUUGGUAUAUACAUAGCUUACAUAAAGACAGAGUUUGGAAUCAAAUAUGAGAUUACUAGGCUCAAGGUCAAGAUUGAUUGCUAAAUAUAGAAAAGAAAACAGUUUCUGCUCAUUAACUUUGCAUUGAUAUAUUGAAAUUAAAUUAGGCCUAUAGGUAGUUCAUAGAAAAGCCAAGGUUAGGAUUAUAUAUGGGGUCAGUCGGGUCAAGUUCAAGGUCAAUAUAACUUAAUUAAUCUUCAUACUUAAAAAAUUUCACUGUGGGGCAGUGGUCUAUUGCAUUGGGCCAAAUUCCUCGACUGUACACAUUCCUUGACUGUUCACAUUCCUUGACUGUAUACAUCCUUUGACUGUACAAAUUCCUUGACUGUACACAUUCAUUGAUCUGCCUGUUUACAUCCCUCGACUGUAUACAUUCCUUUACUUAACACAUUCACACAUCCCUUCACUGUAAACAUCGCUUGACUGUAUACAUUCCUUGACUGUACACAUACCUUGACUGUACACAUCCCUUCACUGUACACAUCCCUUGACUUGUAUACAUUCCUGGACUUGUAUACAUUCCUGGACUGCUCAUCCUUUGACUCUUUAAAAUGUAUCCAUUGACAUCCCCUGGCUGUACACUUCCAUUAACUGUACACAUCCCCUGACUUUACACUUUCCUUAACUGUACACAUCCCCUGACUGUACACUUUCUUUAACUGUACACAUUCUCGGACUGUACACUUUCUGUAACUGUACACAUCCCCUGAUUGUACACUUUCCUUAACUGUACACAUCCCCUGACUGUACACUUUCCUUAAUGCACCUGUCAAUAUUUUGCCCGCCCGGGGGAGCGGCGGGCAUACACGGGACUUUAGACAGAAGGCCAUUCCCGACAGGCGGGAAUUAGACAAACAUUUGAUGUACCAACAAGGCUCUAGGGUGGGAUUUAGACAAAAAGGUUGUCUCUAGGGUGGGGAUUUAGACAACAUAUUUUUUGAAAUGUCAAAUUCCCCUGGGUCAGCCCACCGCCCCCCUGGGCGGGCAAAAUAUUGACAGGUGCAUAACUGUACACAUCCCCUGACUGUACACUUUCUGUAACUGUACACAUCCCCUGACUGUACACUUUCCUUAACUGUACACAUCCCCUGACUGUACACUUUCUGUAACUGUACACAUCCCCUGACUGUACACUUUCCUUAACUGUACACAUCCCCUGACUGUACACUUUCUGUAACUGUACACAUCCCCUGACUGUACACUUUCCUUAACUGUACACAUCCCCUGACUGUACACUUUCCUUAACUGUACACAUCCCCUGACUGUACACUUUCUGUAACUGUACACAUUCUCGGACUGUACACUUUCUGUAACUGUACACAUCCCCUGAUUGUACACUUUCCUUAACUGUACACAUCCCCUGACUGUACACUUUCUGUAACUGUACACAUCCCCUGACUGUACACUUUCCUUAACUGUACACAUCCCCUGACUGUACACUUUCUGUAACUGUACACAUCCCCUGACUGUACACUUUCCUUAACUGUACACAUCCCCUGACUGUACACUUUCUGUAACUGUACACAUCCCCUGACUGUACACUUUCCUUAACUGUACACAUCCCCUGACUGUACACUUUCCUUAACUGUACACAUCCCCUGACUGUACACUUUCUGUAACUGUACACAUUCUCGGACUGUACACUUUCUGUAACUGUACACAUCCCCUGAUUGUACACUUUCCUUAACUGUACACAUCCCCUGACUGUACACUUUCUGUAACUGUACACAUUCUCGGACUGUACACUUUCUGUAACUGUACACAUCCCCUGAUUGUACACUUUCCUUAACUGUACACAUCCCCUGACUGUACACUUUCUGUAACUGUACACAUCCCCUGACUGUACACUUUCCUUAACUGUACACAUCCCCUGACUGUACACUUUCUGUAACUGUACACAUCCCCUGACUGUACACUUUCCUUAACUGUACACAUCCCCUGACUGUACACUUUCCUUAACUGUACACAUCCCCUGACUGUACACUUUCCUCAACUGUACACAUCCCCUGACUGUACACUUUCUGUAACUGUACACAUCCCCUGACUGUACACUUUCCUUAACUGUACACAUCCCCUGACCAGGGCUCACACUGUCCUCCAAAAAAUAAUAGCCAACUUUUUAACCUAUGAAAAAUUAAUAGCCAAAAUUGAUGCGGAUCUUUGCGGGCAAUUUUAAUAAAAUAAAAAUGAUGAAUUUUAACAUAUAUAUAUUUUCUUAAUUGCUUUAACAAGCAGAAAAGCAGUAGACCCCUACAGUGGGUGUGGAGAUAAGGGAUUCAGGUGAAAUACCUCCAAAUAUUGGUGCCGGGGUCCCACUAUAAAUGUUUAAAGUGCUAUAUUCUGAUGGAUUUUGAAGGCAUUUACAGGACACGUAUUUAGUUUGUGUAAAGCAGCUGAAAUGGUUGCAUAUUGACUGACAUUAUGGACUGGGUAAUGGCUAAAUUAGCCUCAUGCACACUCAGUAUGGACACAGUUGCACACAAUGGAAAGUUUACCAUGUCUUUGAGUAUCACUCAUGUUUAUACUUUUUCAUUAUAUAUAUCAAAAGUGUUUCCAUGAUUUUUUUUACCAUAACUGCACUGAAAUUGCUCGAAAAGUACAAAACAAUUAGGUCACGAAAAUACGUGAUAUUUGGCAUCUAUGCACACUACUGAAUUAUAGCUUUUUGUCAACAAGUUUUUGAUGCUUUAUUCAAUAAAUAUACUAAUUUUUAAGUAGUUUAGAAGUUUUUACUUACGCUAAUUACAGUGUGCAAGCAAAUUUAUUUGUUGAUUAUUUUAGUUUGCCCUUAUCGGCCAUUGUUUCUAAAAAUAGAAACAGGACUGGGUUUCCCGAGAUAUUUUUUAAUUAAUAUGCAAAACAAACAUUUAUUGGAAUUGUUUUGGUAAAAAAAUAGACUAUUAAAAAUAUCUGAUUUGUAAUAUUUCAACUAAUUCGCGUUCUUUAUAAAUUCUGAAAAUUCGAAGAAAUAGUUUUUUUGCUUCCAACAAUUUCAUAUCAGUUUAAAAACACAUAUCCUGAUUAAAGAUACUUUGAAAUCGUCGAAAGUUAGGUCAGUUUAUAAUAUGUUUUUAAAGAUAAUUAAAUUAGCGGUAGCUAUAGAUGGCAAUUUAAUUUUUCAUCGGAAAACUGCCCGUACAAAUUGGUUUGUCGUCUGCCUAAUAUAGAGUUGAAGAAAAUUUGCUUUGGCGUUUUAAAAUGUUCCAAAAAAGUAGCCUGUUAGUUCAAUCUGAUUGAUAGCUAGAUAGGUAAGAUUAACUUUCGCUUAUAAUCGGUUUAAUUGUCGUCUGCAUACUACCGCCUUAGGCAAUGUUAUCGGCAUUAUAAGUUGACACGUGUUUGGAAUACACGAGGUAAUAAACAGUCCGCUCUAUCGAUUUUCUACCGUGGGUUACUGUCUCACUUGACGUAAUUAUUUAUGCAGCUAUUAAAUAAAAUAAUCGCCAGUUACUACCGCCAAAAUGAAAAAAUAUUCGCCAUUUAAAUUAAAUAAUCGCAAAUGGCGAUAAUGUCGACUGACAGCGUGAGCCCUGGCUGACCGUACACUUUCUGUAACUGUACACAUCCCCUGACUGUACACUUUCCUUAACUGUACAUGUCCCCUGACUGUACACUUUCCGUAACUAUACACGUCCCCUGACUGUACACUUUCCGUAACUAUACACGUCCCCUGACUGUACACUUUCCGUAACUAUACACGUCCCCUGACUGUACACUUUCCGUAACUAUACACGUCCCCUGACUGUACACUUUCCGUAACUAUACACGUCCCCUGACUGUACACUUUCUGUAACUAUACACGUCCCCUGACUGUACACUUUCCGUAACUAUACACGUCCCCUGACUGUACACUUUCUGUAACUAUACAUGUCCCCUGACUGUACACUUUCUGUAACUAUACAUGUCCCCUGACUGUACACUUUCCGUAACUAUACACGUCCCCUGACUGUACACUUUCCGUAACUAUACACGUCCCCUGACUGUACACUUUCCGUAACUAUACACGUCCCCUGACUGUACACUUUCUGUAACUGUACACAUUCUCGGACUGUACACUUUCUGUAAUUGUACACAUCCCCUGAUUGUACACUUUCUGUAACUGUACACUUUCAUUGACUGUAUGUGUUCCUUGACUGUAAACAUCCCUUGACUGUUAACAUCCAUCGACUGCACUUUUAUUGGCCGGACUGUACACUUCCCUUGACUGUACACUUUCCUUGACCAACCCUGAGAAGAAGGUGUUUUUUCAUUCCAUAGUGUAAUACUAGUCUUUUUCAUACAAAUUUUGACAGAUUUCUCCUGUGGUUUAUAGAAGUUUUUCUCCUGAGUUAAAGUGACCUUAUUUUUUAAAGAUUUUUUAUUCAGUUAGUUUGUGUAUUACAUUGCCUCAUAUUAGAGUAUAUUUGUUGAUUUAGAUAAGAAAGAAUAAUAGUUUUCAGUUCUUUUAGUAAACAAAUAGUGUAAUUGUUGUUCUUCAAACUUUUUACAAUAUACAGUAAAAAUUCUGAGAACCGGACCAAGUCAAAAGUACGGUUUUCAGAGGAUUCAGGUUUUCAGAGGAUUUUGAACAAAUUUAUGAGAGGGUUUAUAUAUGUAUUGUCUGAUUUAUUUCAUUUGAUGUUCAAUGUCUUUUCAAAAUAUGUAUUGUAUCUCUCUGUAAUAUAUUUAAACUGAAUCAUUUCUAACAGAAAACAUCACUUAAAAUGAUACUUUAUUAUCAAAAGAAUGUUUCUCUUAUCAUGGAGAUAUGAAUACAAGCUCUUAUAAAUCAUGGAACAUGUAUCAUGUGAAUAUCAAUAUUUAAUAAUUAAUAAAAAUAUUUGUCUUUUUGUAUUAAAAACAAAGUUGUUUUAUGAAAAAUUACCUGAUAAACAGUACUUAAGAUAUUUUGCACUUUAUUGCCAAUAUACAAAGUACAAACACACAGAUAAAUGUUUUUCACCUGAGAUUAUGCUUAUAAAAUCAAAUCAAAGUGACAAUACACAAACGUUUGACACCUACUGCUAGUUUUCAGAGGAGUUUUUAUGUAUAAUAUUCUUUUGUGGCCAUGACAAACCAUCCAGUUUUUAGAAUUCUGUUCCAGUAUUCAUUGUGCUUUUUAGCUCACCUGUCACGUAGUGACAGGGUGAGCUUUUGUGAUCGCCGUCGUCCGUCCACAAUCUCUUGUCUGCACGAUAGAGGUUUCAUUUAUGGUUUUAUUUUAACCAAACUUGCACACAACUUGUAUCACCAUAAGAUCUCGGUUCCUUUCAUGAACUGGCCAGAUCCCAUUAUGGGUUCCAGAGUUAUGGCCCCUGAAAGGGCCAAAAUUAGCUAUUUUGACCUUGUCUGCACAAUAGCAACUUUAUUUAUGAUUUGAUUUUUACAAAACUUACACACAACUUGUAUCACCAUAAGAUCAUAGUUCCUUACUUGAACUGGCCAGAUUCCAUUAUGGGUUCCAGAGUAAUGGCCCCUGAAAGGGCCAAAAUUAACUAUUUUGACCUUGUCUGCACAGUAGCAGCUUUAUUUAUGAUUUGAUUUUUACCAAACUGGCACACAACUUGUAUCACCAUAAGAUCUUGGUUUCUUUCUUGAACCAGCCAGAUCCCAUAAUGGGUUCCAGAGUUAUGGCCCCUGAAAGGGCCAAAAUUAGCCAUUUUGACCUUGUCUGCACAAUAGCAGCUUCAUUUAUGAUUUGAUUUUAACCGAACUGGCAAACAACUUGUAUCACCAUAAGAUCUUGGUUCCUUUCUUGAACUGGCGAGAUUCCAUUAUGGGUUUCUAGAGUUAUGGCCCCUGAAAGAGCCAAAAUUAGCUAUUUUGACCUUGUCUGCACAGUAGCAGCUAUAUUUUUUAUGAUUUGAUUUUUACCAAACUGGCACACAACUUGUAUCACCAUAAGAUCUCGGUUCCUUUCUUGAACUGGCCAGAUCCCAUUAUGGGUUCCAGAGUUAUGGCCACUGAAAGGGCCAAAAUUAGCUAUUUUGACCUUGUCUGCGCAAUAGCAGCUUCAUUUAUGAUUCGAUUUUAACCAAACUUGCACACAACUUGUAUCACCACAAGAUCUUGGUUCCUUUCUUGAACUGGCCAGAUUUCUUCAUGGGUUCCAGAGUUAUGGCCCCUUAAAGGUCCAAAAUUGGCUAUUUUGGCUUUUUCAGCCAUAUAGAGACUUCAUUUAUGGUUUUAUUUGAUACAAACUUCCAAAAUAACUUCAACAACAAUAAUUCUCGGAUUCCAUGACAAAUCAGAUCCAAGCGUAGGUUCAGAGUUAUUUUAUAUCUGAUUACCUCCCCUGAUUGUAAUCAAAAUGGAUUUAUAUCAGUAAGUACUUAUAGUACUUAUUUGAAAUUUCAUUAUUGUCAUUAGUUGGACUGAGCCAAUCAGGGUAGAUAACUAUGGACUGAUUUUAUGUCAAAUUACCUCCCUUUAUUUCAAAUUAAAAUGGGUAUAUCUCCGUAACUAAUGAAGAUACUGAUCUGAAAUUUCAUUUAUGUCAACAGAUUUAUUUGGCAGAUCCUUCUUUUCUUCACUUGCAAUAAAUUUUUUUUUAAUUACUUCCCUUUUACGUUACUAUAAAUAGCUUAUUUUUAGUAACUUUUUUAUUAUUGGCCGUGGGAAAAACUGAGACCACUUUUCUGUGGUACGACAUGGAUGGUACCUCCAAUUUGUAGGUGUAUUUUGACAUAUCUGUACCUUGUAAGAAUUUUCUUUUCUUUUUGGUUAAAUUUCUUCCCUUUGUUGUUACUGUCCUUUGGACUUAGAUAUUUUUUCUGAGGACCUUCUUGUCCUCAAGUGCAAUGAUAACAGGUGAGCGAUAUAGGGCCAUCAUGGCCCUCUUGUUUUAUAUUGAAUUUGAAAGAGAAAAACUCAGGUCUUUGAAAAUUGUCCAAGUUUCAGAGAAUUCUGGUUUUGGAAGGUUAGGUUUUCAGAGUGUUUUUGUAACAGAGACAGAUAUAAUAUCGCAUUUACCUUUGCUAAGAUUUGAUGAACGUUCUGCCAUCUGACCUUUUGAUACAGCCAGGCAUGCAGGCAUGUACAGGGACACUUGUCACAUAUACAGUCAGGCAUGCAGGCAUGUACAGGGACACUUGUCACAUAUACAGUUAGACAUGCAGGCAUGCACAGGGGCACUUGUCACAUAUACAGUCAGGCAUGCACAGGGACACUUGUCACAUAUACAGUCAGGCAUGCAGGCAUGUACAGGGACACUUGUCACAUAUACAGUCAGGCAUGCAGACAUGUACAGGGACACUUGUCACAUAUACAGUCGGGCAUGCAGGCAUGCACAGGGGCACUUGUCACAUAUACAGUCAGGCAUGCAGGCAUGCACAGGGACACUUGUCACAUAUACAGUCAGGCAUGCAGGCAUGCACAGGGACACUUGUCACAUAUACAGUCAGGCAUGCAGGCAUGCACAGGGGCACUUGUCACAUAUACAGUCAGGACACUUGUCACAUAUACAGUCAGGCAUGCAGGCAUGUACAGGGACACUUGUCACAUAUACAGUCAGGCAUGCAGGCAUUUGCAGGGACACUUGUCACAUAUACAGUCAGGCAUGCAGGCAUGCACAGGGACACUUGUCACAUAUACAGUCAGGCAUGCACAGGGGCACUUGUCACAUAUACAGUCAGGCAUGCACAGGGACACUUGUCACAUAUACAGUCAGGCAUGCAGGCAUGCACAGGGACACUUGUCACAUAUACAGUCAGGCAUGCAGGCAUGCACAGGGACACUUGUCACAUAUACAGUCAGGCAUGCAGGCAUGUACAGGGACACUUGUCACAUAUACAGUCAGGCAUGUACAGGGACACUUGUCACAUAUACAGUGUGUUUUGAUUGUGGACACAAUUACACUAGGAGCUACAAUUAAGUCAGUGCCACCCCAUCUAACCCUCCUCUAAACAGACGUACAGAUAACAUAUUUCCAUUGUAAAGUUUUAUUUAACAUAAUCGUUUGUCACAUUUUCAUUUUAUUUUACAAAAUUUGAAAAAAGAAACAGUUAUAGGUAUAAGCUCAUCAAAUAAGCUUGCAACAGAAGAAAAGAGUCAUUAAUGGAAAAUGUUGUUAAUGAAUCGUGAAUCAAUAUAUCCACUUUUUUCCCACUCAGUAUUCCUAAUAGUUUAAAUAAACUGUGUUACUAUACCAAGUUAAUCUGAUAUGUGUUGUAUUUACAUAAUUGGAGGGUAAACUUUUGAGCUUACAUCCCAAGUCUGCACUGAAUUUUUGCAGGUUGUAAAAUAUACUCAUUAUCUUUACAAUAGAAUCUAUUUUUUGUGAACUCUGUGUUGUAGAUGUUUUUGUUUAAAUGUCAUUUUUAAAUUGAUGAAAUAAAUAUAAAUCAAUAGUU